CGUCGAUGGAAGGGGCUUUUGUUUUCGUUUGAAGAAAAGUCUUGGAACAAAAUUUCGAAGCAGAGAUAUCCUAACAUUGUUUUGCAUUGUUCUCGAGUACAGACACAAAAGUUUUUAGUCGUGGAUUUUCGCUACUGUAAAUUCUAUGAACUUAAGCAUUUUCAAGCUCUUUUGCCGCUUCGCUUUGGAGUAGUUAUUGGCAGAGAUUGGAAGGCGGAAGAAGGGAAUUCCGAAGGGAAGGACGGAAAGCUUAGUGAUGGAUCAUACCGGCUUCGGUUUUAUUUUGGACCAUAUACGUCAUGUUUCUUACUUAGAUUUGAAGCUGCAGGCAAGUGUUGCCCUAAUAUAAAUGCUCAUUUUCUUAAGUUACCCUAUUAAUGCCAUAAAUUCGCCAACUAUUAAUGAUUAAGAGACUCAAAAUGGCGGAAAGCUGGCCAAUCCCCCAGGCCCUAUUUCUGCUGAUAGUGAGUGUUGUGGGCCUGGAUAGUUGUCCUCCACUUUGUACGUGUUCCGAUGGUACCGAUACAGCACAGCUCUUGGACUGCAGUCGGAAAAGAUUGUCCGAAGCCCAUUUUAAGGUCCCAUCUUGGAUUACGCAUGUGUCUUUGAACCAUAAUGAGCUGUCAGGUGUGCCUUUUCUUGGCGAAGCUUCCUCAAACAUUACAUUGUUGUUGCUUGUUCAUAACCGAAUCUCUGAAGUGGUGGUGGAACAUCUUCUGCCUUAUUCAUCUCUGGAAAGUCUUGAUCUGAGCUCCAAUUUGAUUUCGGAGUUGAAAGCUGGAUCAUUCCCUCCCAUGCAACUGAAAUACUUGAAUCUGAGCAACAAUAAGAUCAGCUCUCUUGAACCAGGUUGCUUUGGCAACCUCAGCUCUCUGCUAGUACUGAAGAUUAACAGGAACAGACUAUCCUUCCUGUCUGCUAAAGUCUUCACUCUCUCUCAGCUACAAGUUCUGGAGUUGAAACGCAAUAAGAUCAGAGCAGUAGACAGUCUGAUCUUCAAAGAGCUAGAGUCUCUGAAGUCUCUGAAGCUGCAGAGGAACAGCAUCACUAAGCUGAUGGAUGGUGCACUUUUUGGGCUCGACAAUAUGGAGGAGCUAGAGCUGGAACAUAACAACCUGACAGAGCUGAGCAAGGGCUGGCUGUAUGGCCUGCACAUGCUUCGCGUGCUGCACCUCAGCCACAACAACGUGGGCCUUGUCCGCGCUGACGCCUGGGAGUUCUGCCACCGCUUGGAAGAGUUGGAUCUGUCCUUUAAUCACCUGAGCCGUCUGGAAGGCUGGGCGUUCACUGGGCUUGGGCUGUUGCAAAGUCUGAACCUGGGCGAGAAUCACAUCACACACCUCGGGGACGGAGUGUUCAGUGGCCUGGCAAAUGUUCGAACGCUAGACAUCCGUAACAACGACAUCUCACUGGCCAUAGAGGACUUGGUCGGUAUGUUUGUGGGCAUGAAAAAGCUCAACACGUUGAUCCUACAGAAGAACAAGAUCAGGACCAUCACUAAGAGGGCGUUUGAGGGUUUAGAGGAACUAGAGCAUUUAGAUUUGAGUAAGAAUCGGCUCAUGUCCCUUCACCCGGAUGCGUUCUCUCAUCUGAAACUCAAAUCGCUUGACUUGAACACCAGCAGUCUCCUCUGUGACUGCCAUCUUAAGUGGCUGAGCCAGUGGCUGACUGACAGCUGCUUCCAGCAGUCAUGCACUGCAGUGUGUGCACAUCCCACCCCCCUGGCAGGCAGGAGCAUCUUCGCUGUCAGACUAGAAGAAUUAGUCUGUAACGACUUCCCCAAGCCUCAGAUCAGCAGCAGCCCCAGUACAGUGGUGGCCCUGCGGGGCACCAACGUCACUCUCAACUGCUCCGCCUUCAGCAGCAGUGACGCUCCUAUGAGUGCCUCCUGGAGGAAGGACAGGGAAGUGCUGUACGAGACACAGGUGCAGAACUACGCCCGAUACCAGGAACACCGUCUCCUCUACACCAGUGCCCUCCACCUGCUUGGCGUAAACUUCACUGAUGAGGGCCACUACCAGUGUGUCAUCUCCAACCACUUUGGCUCUAACUACUCAGCCGAGGCCAAGCUCACGGUUAAUGAGCUGCCCUCAUUUCUCAAGACACCCAUGGACCUGACCAUCCGCAUGGGCACGGUGGCGCGGCUGGAAUGUGCAGCUGAGGGCCACCCUCCUCCCCAGAUAGCCUGGCAGAAGGAUGGCGGCAUCAACUUCCCCGCUGCCCGCGAGAGAAGAAUGCACGUCAUGCCAGAAGAUGACACGUUCUUUAUUGCAAAAGUGAAGACCGAGGACAUGGGCGUGUACAGCUGCACUGCUAAGAACGAGGCGGGCAGCCUGUCUGCCAAUGCUACACUCACUGUACUAGAGACGCCAUCAUUCCAGCGCCCCCUAGAGGACCGUAUGGUCGCACGUGGCGAGACUGCCGUCCUCCAGUGCAUAGCUCGCGGCAGCCCUGCCCCCCGACUCAACUGGACCAAAGAUGACGGCCCGUUGUUGCUCACGGAGCGCCACUUCUUUGCGGCAGCCAAUCAGUUGCUCAUAAUCGUCGAUGCCAGGCCAGCAGAUGCGGGAAAGUACACCUGUAUCAUGUCCAACACUUUGGGCACAGAGCGUGGCCACAUCUACCUCGGUGUCUCACCCUCAGCCAACUGCGACCCGGUGGGUGGAGGCUAUGACCAGGACAGCUGGACCACGGUAGGCAUCGUGGUGAUGGUGGUGGUGUGCUGUGUGGUGGGCACCUCGUUGGUCUGGGUGAUAGUCAUUUACCACAUGCGACGGAAGAGUGAGGACUACAGCAUCACUAACACGGAUGAGAUGAACCUGCCGGCGGACAUCCCUAGCUACCUGUCCUCUCAGGGAACGCUGUCCGAGCCUCAGGAGGGAUACAGCAACUCGGAGGCAGGCAGCCACCAGCAGCUCAUGCCCUCGCUGCCCAACGGCUGCGCCCACAAGGGCACAGAUGGUGUGUGUUAUCGAGAGAUGGCUGCAGAAAUGGACUCGGAGGCCAGUGGAAUGCUAGGAAACCGUGUUGGGUCUCUGUUUGCUGGGCACAGCAGUUUCCACCCAGGAGAACCUAGGGAGGGAUUGGCACCUGUGCCUAACGGUGGUGCUGGGUCAUUGGUCAUCUGCUCGGACUGCUACGACAACGGCAACAUCUACUCCCGUACGCGUGACUACUGCCCCUAUGCCUACCUGGAGGAGGAGGGAGACGUGCUGGCUUCUCAGGAGCCCCGGGAUACACCCGGGUGGGCCGAAGGCAUGCAGCACUGUGACGCAGCGGUGGACAGCCAGUUCACCCAGCAGGAUGCUGUCGCCUUUCUCACUCGCCAUGAGCCCCAGCGGCAUCCCUUGCUCCGCCACAACAGCGAUGUUCCCAGCAGGUCGUUUUGGGGUACAGCUGAACCCCAUGCUCCCGUCCUGUCCCAGGGGCCAGUGCCUCUACAGAAGCCUCGUUCGGAGCCCUCUGCUGGGGAUGUGCUAGAGGAGACCUUGUACAGGACUAACCCUCAGGACCAUGGCCAGCCUCCCACAUAGAGCCUGCCCACCACCCAUCUUUUACAAAGCCUGCUGUGAUGCAUGGUCAGCCCCUUCCCCACCUCCCUCUCGCUGUGCCCUUAAAUCCCACUACCUCCUGAGAAGACACAAAAAAAGGCCUCUCUCUUGUGUGUUUACAUUCCAUCCCAUCGCCCUGUUGGAAAUUGCUGGGAUGUGUGCGUCUGGUGAAAAAAGAGGGGGGAAAAAACAACUCCCUAGGACAUGGUGGUGAUCAAGUUUAAGUUGAGGCUCUGAAUGUGUUUCAAAGAACUUCACUUGUCCUGCCUUUAUAUGUGAUUCCUAGGCCCCCCUGCCCUUUACCUGAACUUUGGGAUAGAUGAGCUAUCAUGUGUAUGCCAAAGAAUUGAGUGCUGCCCUGGCUCUACAAAAGGGCCUGUUUGUGUACAGAUUGUCAGGAUCCUACCAUGCUUAUCAAAGUCAGGAGUGGCCAACCCACCUGUCAGUCAUAAGAGUGAUCGACUGGAGAAUAAUAUCUGGUCUGCAUUCCUGUUCCUAUUGGUCACGUCAGAGCUGGUGGUAUUGGCCCAUAACUUAUUCCCUUAUAAGGGUAGAAUGCUGUUUCCGUCCUUCUGCCACAGUAUUGUAAGCUGAAAUGCCUGUUUGUCAAAACUUUUGUGCUGUUCACAAAGGCAUAUGCGCGCGCAUAUAUAAAAUCUCACACAAUAUGUACACACACACACACACACACACACACUUUUUCCUUUCUUUUUUUUAUUUAAAGGAAGGCCACUAUGUCGGACAAAGAUAUUGUACUUUUGACAAUCGAUCUUUAUGCACCCCCCAUACUGGCUCUAUCUAUUUCCAUGCUCUAACAUCUCGUCACUUGCGAUAUUAGUGUUUGCAUGUGCAUUGAUUUUUAUGCAGUCCAUUUUCCAUUUCUCAAAAGCUCCACUCAAUCCUCCUCUGUGUGGAAGCUUAGAGACUCCCCCAAAAGAGCAUGAAUCAGGAGUCCCUGUGCUUUUGAAUAUAUUUAUGAGUGCAUAUAUAAUAAUGAUUUCACCAUGUUAUGCUUCUCCCAUGCCUAUUAAAUGCUGCAGACAUAAUGAAGGAAUGUCUAGCAGACAGCUUCAGUUGUUUGGAUGUGUAUACAGUUUUAUGAACUUGUUUUAAAAAUGGUUGGCUAAGAGAUCUAGGCCUUGAGAUGAGGUGUCCUCCUAACUCUUAAGUCUGUUGGCAGAUAAUGGUCCCUGGAAGUUUUUGCCUAAGCAGUUCUCUUUAAAAGACCCAUUAUGACUGUAUCCUUGCUAAAAUUCAGCAAGAAACAGAACAUCUGAGGCAUCUUUGUGAAGGUCCCUGUCAUGUGACUGGUAGACUUGCACAGGAUUUGUUGUGGCAAAUCAAAGACUCAGCUGUUUUGAAUGUCAUUUAAACUAGGAGCGCUGUUGUGUCUUAUUUGUUAAGAAAGAAGCAGAUCAGUUACUCUUAUGAAAAUCUGGAACCAUGGGUUUAUCUCUGCUUUCCAGUUACUGUCUGAUUUCAUUUACUCUGCCAUUGUAUGAGUAUUUUUAAGUCCAGGCUCAUAACUUUUCUCCAGACCAUCCUCCCCCUUCUUUACCAGAACAGCCCAUUCUGUGCAAGUAGGUUUCUACAUUUGCUGGUGUAUAUUAAAUGAGUUGGUAACUAUACACCAAUUACUCUUUCAGUAAACUUGCCAAUAUAAAGGAGUUGUUUUAGAAACAUCACCCAGAGCUUUAACUUCUUGAGUCUGUGUGUGCAUCCCGGUUUUUGUGGCGAGCAGUCUCAUGUCGCCAAGUGCUUGCACUUCAUCUCAUUGUGAAUCUCCUGUCUGAACUGGCCUUUAGUGAGUGAUGUUACAGCCUGACUGAUAUGGAAAUGCCUGCUGAUCACUCAUGAUAGUGAGUGAUACCCACCCUGCAUUCAUCAGGGUGUGGAUCUCACACAUACAACACUCCGCUUGCCUUCUCAUAGAUCAGCAACUGGGUGCCCUCGGUUCCUUCUGUGGCUUCUUGAAAGCUUGCGCAGACUGCUGCUUGGUGGUGGUGUGCUGUGUGCUGGGCACCUCGCUGGUCUGGGUGAUGGUCAUUUACCACAUAUGCUGCAAGAGCUUGGAAUACAGCGUCACCAGCACGGGUAGGUGGGAAGUGGAAUCCUCUCAAAGACUCUUACACCUCUCUAACAGCGCGGCCACUUGUGUGCUGGAAAGCUGCGAUUACAAAACCAUUAUCUUCAGUUAUGUGCGCGGGGACAGUGACUAGAUGCUACUUGUCAUGGAUACGCCAAAGUUAGCUGAAGUUCAUGUUUUCAUCUUUGGUGUGUUUCUCAGAAAGGAAAGCUUAGGCAGACUUAGUCAGUAGUAGAGCUGGGUGUGUCUGUCUUCCCGAGAAAUGACUAAAUAAUGUGCAACUCUACACAGUUGCAUUACGAUUUUGGUCAGCUUUCUUGGAAAAGGAGUAUCUGUCUCUGAAAGCAGAGAGAAGCUAGAAGAUGACAGCUGAAUUGUUUGUUUUUCUCCUUCAGUGUUUUGACCCUGACUGUUUCAUUCCAAGAGCAUUUAAAAAAAAUUUUUUUUUAGUUUUAGCACUUUUUUUUUUUUUUGGUCAACAGAUGAUUUUUCUGUGCAGUAUGUUUGGUUCGUCCUACCUGGUACAGUUCUCUAAUGUGGUCCCCUAUGACUGGUUAAAUUGAUCUGAAGUGUGUGCACGUGUGCGUGCAUGUACGUGUGUGCAAUAUGAGAAUGUGAAAGGGGACAUAACCAAGCUGUAGGUGCAACUGAGGUACUCUUAACAUGUAAUUGUGAAAUGUGUAUAUUGUGAAGUGCACUACAGCCUCCAGUCACUACACUUAAUUACAGUAUGUAUCAGUUAUGUGGGUACUUUCCAUUUCUAUCUGGUGAAGUGAAUAUGCUGUUGGUUAGUGUAAAAUGUUUAGUAAUAUUCUAUCCAGGUGCCACAUUUUCAUAUUCCGCUUGAAAUUGCUUUACUUUUGCAGCUUACAUGUUCUCAUUAUUUUAUGUUCAUUCAUUUAAAUAUAAUUAUGUUUUUAUAUUGGUUUCUGUUGAACGCUGUCUCCCUGUGGAAUGAGACGUAUUAGUUUUCAAGCUGUGUUAUGAUUUGCACAUGGUUCUCUUCCCCCAGUCAGCCCUACAUCCUAGAGCAGGCUAGCCCCUGUUGCUAAGCAAUGGGAUUGACUUCCUGUCCUUUUCCAUCAACGGCAGGCAACUGGUGUGGGGCAUCAGAGGCUUUUGCUGUGUUUCUUCCUCUGUGUUAAAUCUGGAUCUGGGUAAUAGCUGUAGUGUGUAAACCUUCACUCGCACUCACUUUUGCUUUUAAAAAAUGAUGGCAAACUCAAUUCCGGUUAUAUAUGUAAGAAACACCAAAUAAUUAGGCAUGUUCUUGGGUAGCCUUAGAUGUUAAUUUAAAACAGACUUUUCUUUUAAGAGGUUGUCCAUUAAAAGGUAAUUAAGUUCUGAGUUUGCCUUUUAUCUGUGUGUUUUCAUUCAACGUUUUGAAGUCAGUUGGAAUUGAUUUUGCACCAAUAAAUCUCAUUCACACGACUCCUGCCAGUACAUCUUUUUGAAUUGAGACCAAAGUUCAGCAUUAAUGCUUCCACACUAUUUCAGUGCUGCUGUUUUCUCUUUUUGUUCGUUUUAUUUCUGAUAUUGUACCUGUACAUUCUGUAAAAGCAUGUAAAAAGAACUUUGUUUCAUAAUGUUGAAUAUUUAUCUGACAUUUAAACAAUAAAAUGUAAAUUCUGAACUGUACUAGA